UAUAAACGCUCGGCUAGAGAAGAUGGACAUUAAAUUAGAUAGAAUAAUCUACAUGUAUAUAGAAAGGGAGAGAGCAAGCUGAUUUCUAGAUGAUGGAUUUUAUAUUGGAUACAGAAAAAUGAUAAAGUUGUAUUUGAUUCUGGCUUUGGUUGGAUAUCUUGUCUGUACAAAAGCACAACAGACAACAGACGUCCGUAAGAAACUAUGCGCACACCCAAUGGACGUGGUAUUUGUACUGGACGGUUCGGACAGUGUGACCCGCGUGAACUUCGAUAAAGUGAAAAAGUUCACAUCUGACAUCAUUGAUGAGUUCGACCUAUCACCGGUCAAAGUUCGAGUAGGCGUCAUUGAAUUUUCCACAUUCAUCGGAAGAGUAAUCGAACUUGGACAAAUCAGUAGUUUACCUUUACUCAAGUUUCUCAUCAGCAACAUUUCCAUGUCAAAUGACGGAACCGGAACUCACAAAGCGUUGAAGCGCAUGCGCGAAAUGUUUCAGGAGCGAGGUCGACCGGAAGUGCCUCGGAUUGGAGUAGUGAUUACGGAUGGACUUUCGGUUUCCCCGUAUCUAACUAAAGAGGAGGCACGGCUUUUGCAUCUAGAUGGGGUUAUAACUUUUGCUGUAGGGAUAGAAGGAGAUAAAACAUUUCAAACAGAGCUGGAGUAUAUUGCCAGCAGAAAGGAGAAUGCAUUGAGGGUCUUGGAUUUUGACGCUCUUCCACGAAAUCUUUCAUCUUCACUUUGCAUAAUUGCCGCCCCACCGGAGAUUACAACUAACCCGACAUCUAGCAUAGUUCCAGAUAGAAUUGGGGAAUCAAGCGGCAAAAAUGAUGGCUACGUUGAUGAUGGGCGGCACUUUCAAGUUCAUUCAUCAGAUUGUACGAAAUACGUAGAAGUAGUUCCGGGGGUAGGCGGAACACUCACCUUCAUCAAGUCGUGCCCAUUCGGGCUGUUUUGGGACGAGAUAAGUCUAACAUGCGUCAAUUCGACUCAGGCGGAUUGUUUCAAUGAACCUUGUAGAAGAUAUUCCUCCGGAUACACCUACCCAAUGGACGGCAUAUGCUCCGGAUUUUGGACCUGUUUCGACCGGAAGUCUCUCCCGGCGUGUUGCACUAUGGGUCAUAUGUUUGAACCAGGCCGCGGAUGUGUUACCGACCCUACGUGUGUGACCCCCUGUCCCCCAAGACAGGACACCGUCACUGACCAAUUACAGGUAUGUAAAAGAUGGGCUAAUCCUAAUGACAGCCGGACGUACCUUGAAGAAAUACACAACCGAAACAUUUCUCGGCCAUGUGCUCCUGGAUCUUCUUUUGACCAAUCAGCAUGCGGAUGCACACACCACGUGACAGAUGAUACCGUUAUCACACCACCAACCUCAAAGCCUAAUACUAGUCUAUGUCGUGACGAGCUAUAUCUGAAGUUCAACAAGGGAAAGGAAGGUAAUGUCAAUGGAUUCAAAGAUUUCUCAGGUCGCAAUAUCCACGUUGCGCAGCGUGAUGUCGUCAUUUCCGCUCUGGGAGAUGGAAUGAUGAAAAUGAAUGGCAACUCUAGUUGUCUGAAUAUAUGGCGAUUUUCCAACAUAGAAUAUCGAAGUUUAAUGAUAUAUUUGAAAUUCAUCGCUAUGCGCUCUGACGAUGACCCUACACAGACAAAGUAUCAAGUUCUUCUUUCAAACUGCUACUACAAGUCAUGCUCUGCUAGCGUCGCCAUCGUAUUGGACAGAAUUAAUCACGUGAUCGGAGUGCAAACCCAAACCGCUGGAACAGGCAGCUAUAUCUGGUGGCAUCCUGUCAAAUACCAGGUUGAUAUUGUAAACAACGUAACUCUGAGCUUCGACCAUAAGGGAACAAAUAUCAACUUUUCAUUAAACAAACAAAACAGAAAACAGUUUAUCCAAGAGAUGGUUCUUUUAAGGCAGACAGGGAUUGUUAUUGGUGCUGGAGGAAUGUAUAACAAUUUCAAAGGAUACAUUGAUCAGAUCAGAAUACAGCAUUGUGAUGGAGACCCCCCGACAGAAAUUGAGGAAAGACCCUGAAGACUUUUUUGCACAAAUGUUUCCUGUUUCUUUAGUUGAUUUAUAAAAGAAAGACGUUCACUUUUUCAAACUAAAAUUUUAUUUUAAAACUUAUAUGCGUUUAUCUUUAAAACAAACCCACACCUUUUUUGUUUAUGAUAAGGAAGUAUAUUUGUGAAAAUAAAGAUAAAUAAAAGUUAUUUUAUAAUAGUGUAGAAUAUUUUUUUUAACUGUAUAUAACAUAUUUUUACUGUCUAUUGAUAUU